AUGAGGACCGCCCUUGUUCUUCUCCUCAUAUCGUGCAUCCUACUCGGCAAUUUUAUCUUGUUCUACUUCCUUGGCAUCCCUAAGCUUUUCCAAGAGUUGAUUGCGAACCACAAGAAGAAACAAAAAUCCAGCUCAAAGCAGGAGUGGAUCGAGAUGCAGAGCGACGUGCAGCAACGCGCCAAAGAGCGGAGGAGAAAGGAGGAAAAGUUGAGAUGGGAGCGCAAUGCUGCACGCAAGAGGAGUGGCUUUUAUGCUGAGCUCGAACAGGCCUACAAUAAAGCUUGA